CCUGCCUGUGCCUUGCGCCCUGCCGCCCUGCUUCUGCCCGUACUGCUUGCCUGUGUAGGUGCCUGUGUAGGUGCCUGCGUGGGUGCUUGCGUGGGUGCUUCUGUGGGUGCCUGGGUUACCGGUUGGCUGUUGGGAAUGACGUCCUCGCGGUCCAACUCGCUCAGGUCGAUGCCCUCCCAUUGAGACGCAUUCCAGCGUAUCAACGGCUAUAAUCCUGUCAACCGCGACGGCUGUGACCCUAGCACAAUUGGCGCCGUCGACCGUGGUGCCGAUUUAGCCUAUGCCA